GCCAGGCUCGGGCUCGAGGCCGGGUCAGCCGCGGCGCCCCCCCGGCCGCUCUCCGCCUCGGGCCCGCACGCCCAGACGCCGCAGCCGCCGCUAUAAAGCCCCCCCGAACCCUAGCUCUCUUUUCCCCAAGCCGCCUCCGCCGCCUCCGCCGCAAACCCUAGCCCGAAGCUUCCGCCGCCGUCGCCGCCUCGGGCCGUCGCCGCGCCGCCGCUCCGCUGCCGCUCGCCGUCGAACGACCGCCCCCGGAGCACCACGUGGUGCCGCCACAUCCCACGGGGGCGCAAGUGCAGAUGGCGGAGUGCCAUCAUGUCGUUGUCAGAAUAGUAGAUCUUCACGACAACGGCGACGCUGAGAGCCACAGAGACGGUGGUACUGGAAGCCAAGAAAGCACCACCAACGACGACCAUGUCAUGGAUAUCGGGGCGCCUGAUCAAGAUGAUGCCGACUGCGAGAACUGCUGUGUGGUAUGCACGGAGCCUUUGGAGUGGGUAGCCGUCGGGCGGUGCGGCCACCGCGUCGUCUGCCGGAAGUGCAUGGUGCGCAUCCGCUUCUUCUAUCGGAACAAGCAUUGCUGCAUCUGCAAAACCCAUUGCUCUAAAGUCAUCGUCACAAAGAGAGAUACCGUCAGCGCCAAUAUCAUGUCAAAGUUGCCUCUGUUUGCGCUACGAGAGGGCCGCGUCGGUGAAAUCUGGUACCACAGGCACACGGCGGCCUACUACGAGGACGAACAAGAGUACAAUGCAGCGCGAGCGGAGUGUAAAGGAAUAAUAUCCCCGUUCUAUCAACCCUGGUAUUACGUCAUGAUAUUGCUCAUCUAUUUUAUAGUAAUGGGAGUAGCUAUUGGCACGGGUUAUGCCCUGGAAGCCAAGCACAGGCCAGGGCAAGUGAGAGCCUACGCCGUGAGCGUCUCCGUUGCAGUGGCGAUUGCUAUCAUUUUUUGGUCUGCGGUCAAGUGCUGCACGCAAGUUCCUCUCGAGAUAGAAGCAGCUCGUCGUGCUGAUAUGGGGCUGUAACGUAGUUAUAUUUGUUCUUUAUUUACACACCAGCUCGCUGGGCGUGUUUAGUAAUCUUUUAGAUAUGUAGUUUGUGCAGCUGAAUUUUGUACCUUAUUAUACCAAAAUAUCAACCCGCUCAAAGAGCGAGGCACGCACUCAUGCAA